AUCCUAGGGAAGUAUUAGACACAACUGCUAAUUUUGGGUUCUCCAUUUUUCUAUUUUUGAUGGGAGUAAAAACGGACGUGGGUAUGGCAUUUAGAGCAGCCAGAAGGGCCACCGUGAUUGGCGUCGCCUCCGUGUUAUUCCCUUUAAUAAUUGCAUUAACCUAUCACAUGGCCACUGCCGGUCCUUACCAAACCAAAAGCAUCAAACUCGAACACAUGGCCGUAAUAACAGUAUCAUCUUUCACAUCCUUUUCCGUGAUCGCCUGCCUCCUCGACGAGCUGAUGAUACUAAACUCAGAACUGGGACGGUUGGCGCUGUCCUCUGCCAUAGUUGGAGAUUUUUGUAGCAUUUUCCUCAUUUCCGUUGUCAUAUUCUCUAGAAUUUGGGAGCACUCAAAAACAAGUGCUAUAAAAAACACAACCGGAAUGAUUUCUUUCACUCUCGUUGCCAUCUUCAUCCUUCGUCCGAUCAUGGUUUGGAUGGUUAGACGCACACCGGAGGGGAAACAAGUCAAGGAUACUUACGUUCACAUUGUCGUGUUGAUGGCUUUGGCAUCUGCCCUGUACACUAAUUACUUCGAACACACUCCUCUCUUCGGGGCUUUUGUGUUCGGUCUGGUGGUACCGGACGGCCCUCCAUUAGGAUCAAUAUUAGUGGAAAAGUUUGAAUGCUUUGUUACGGGGAUCUUUUUUCCAAUCUACGUAGUCACAACAACAUUGAGAGCAGAUCCAGGGAGAACAAUGAUCGACGUGGCUGAAGAGAAGUUAGACAAAUUCAACAUAAUCGUAAUUGUUCUGACAUUUCUAGGGAAAUUGGCAUCAAGUUUUCUUCCUUCAUUAUUCUGCAAAAUGCCCUGGAAAGAUGCCCUAGCUCUUGCUCUCAUUAUGAGUAGCAAAGGCGUAGUUGAACUUUCCCAUUUUUCCAUUCUUAAAGACAAAAAGGUUAUGAGAAAGAGAGCUUUUGCAAUGGCAGUCAUCGGAAUUUUAUUGAACUCAGCUAUUGUUCCUCUCCUGGUGAAAUUACUGUACGACCCGUUUUCCAGAAAAUAUGCAGGGUAUCAGAAAAGAAACAUAAUGUAUUUGAAACGCAAUGCAGAGUUUAGGAUUCUUGUGUGCGUUCACAGACCGGAGAAUGUGAGUGCCUUCAUAGACCUGUUGAAUACUACAGGCCCCACCAAACAGAGUCCUAAUGUAGUUUACGUCCUUCACUUAAUCGAGUUGAUUGGCCGAGCUUCUCCGGUGUUCAUAGCGCACCAAAAGAAAGAAACCAGAGUUUCCGAUCGCUACUUUGAAAGCGUCAUUCUUGCUUUCAAUCAAUACGAGCAGAGAAGUUGGGGCCUCGUGACUGUCAACCCUUUCACGGCCAUCUCUCCAACCAAGAUGAUGCAUGAGGACAUUUGUACUCUUUCUCUUGACAAACAAACUUCCUUCCUUCUCCUUCCAUUCCACCGGAAAUGGGCCAUCGACGGAUCCAUAGAAUCAGAAAACUCAAUGAUAAGGAACUUGAACUGCAGUGUCCUUGAAAGAGCUCCCUGCUCUGUAGGGAUCCUCAUUGACCGUGGCGUUGUGGGUCGCCUAACCUCGAGAAGAACUUCAACAUGGUUUGCAACGCGAACAUAUUCUGUGGGAAUAGUCUUCUUUGGCGGAAAAGAUGAUAGAGAGGCCUUAGCUCUGGCCAAAAGAAUGGCAAAUGACCCAAAAGUGAGCCUUACCGUAAUCCAUUUCGUUAGCAAGGAUGACAAGAAAGGUAUCAUGGACCACUUGCUUGAUGCAGAGGUGUUGAGGAAUGUUAGGAAAGAUAACUCUAUGUACAUGGAAGAGGAGGUGAAGGAUGGACCACAGACUGCAUUGAUACUACGAUCAAUUGUGGAUGGAUAUGACCUUCUAAUAGUAGGUAGGCGUCAAGGUAUUGAUUCUGUUCAGACUUCGGGAUUAUCAGAAUGGAGUGAAUAUCCGGAGCUGGGAAUUAUCGGAGACCUACUAGCCUCACCAGAUUUUGAGAGCAGAACAUCUGUUUUGGUGGUGCAGCAACAACAGUACACUGAUGUGCAUUAUCAAUCUGUAAAUUAUGAAUGUGAGAAAAUUUGAUUCAUUCUUCUUUCUUUUUUUCCUUUUUUUUUUUGCCAAACCUUUUAUUUUCACCCUGAACAUUAUUUUUUCUAUAAAGAACACCUUUCAUA